GCUCUCUGAUAUGUUCAGCUUUCAAGUAAACACUCAGAUUAAAUCAGUUCUGCUCUCGGGUUAAAUAUCUUCUCUUUCAGCAUGAAUCUACAUGACGAAGACCUGGAACAGACUCGAGGAGGCAGCAGUUCCUGCAGACCUGCAGGUGGUUUAUGGAUGACUGAUUAGUGACAUAAACAAUGCCAAAGGUUAAAUGCAGGAAACAGGAAGUGACCUGCUGCAACAGUUCUGAUGAAGGACAGAAGCAUAAAAACGGUCAUUGUUUUCACUGAAGCAUGAGAACGAUGGUUUUAUUCUGAAGUGGCUGAUCUCCAGAGACUGACUGAACUGUUCCAGGUUCUUCUGGUUCUGGAAGUGAUUAUGCUUCGAAGAAGCGGAGCCCAAACUAGAAGAUGCUGGUUGGAGAUCCAGCAAUCUCGCUAUCUGUCCUCCGCUCCAGCACCACCUGAACUCCGUAGACUGCAUUACCCAGCAAGCAGCAGAAGCAGACAGGGCCAGGCGGGCCAGGAGUCGGGCCAGCUGAGCCCGGCACAGAUCAACAGAAUCUUGAAGGCCAACGAACACAGCCACACCCUGCCCAGAGGCCCCGCCUCCCAUGGAGUGCUGGGUUUCCAUAGCAACACACUUCCCUCUAACCACCCCAGUGAGGAUCGACGGAGCAGCGCCACCUGCCUGCUGGGUCGGGGCGGGGUUCUGUUCGGUGUGUUUGACGGCCAUGCAGGUCCGUCAUGUGCUCAGGCCAUCAGCCAGAGGCUCUUCUACUACUUCACUGUGGCCAUGCUGCCACUGAGAACGCUGCAGGAACUGGACCGGGCCGUGGAGGAGGACCGGGCGGUACCACCGCUGUUGGAGUGGCACAAACACCCCCAGGAUCACAGCAGCCUCGAUGGCGGCGCCAUCUCCUUCCACAGCCUCAGGAAUUACUGGCAGGAGAGGCUGGAUGAGGAUGACGAAGAGGACAACGAGGAUGAUGGCAGAGUGACACCAGCACUGAUGGAUGCGUUCAGACGUCUAGACUAUGAUGUGUCUGUGGAGGCUCAGGUUCACCUGUCCCUGUCCUCUCCCAGACGGGUGUCCAUCCCUGGGGAAGGCUUUUCUCUGUCCUCUCCCCUCCGGGUGGCGCUGUCAGGCUCUACUGCUUGUGUUGUUCACGUCUCCAAUGGCGUCCUGCAUGUGGCCAACCUGGGGGACAGUCGUGCAGUCCUUGGAGUCCAAGAAGGGGACGGGCGCUGGUCGGCGCUGAGCCUCACCAACGACCACAGUGCUCAGAACCCUGAAGAGCUACAAAGGAUUCUGGGGGAGCACCCGGCUUCGGAGAGGAAGACGGUGGUCCGUCAUGACAGGCUCCUGGGCCUGCUGCUACCCUUCAGGGCUUUCGGAGACGUUCGUUUCAAAUGGAGCCCGGAGAUGCUCAGUCGACUUUACGACACACGUCCAGAUGUCCUGUCUGCGGUCAGCGAGUCGGUGCGGACUCUGCCGCCUCAUUACCUGACCCCGCCCUACCUGAGCGCCCAACCUGAGGUCACGCGACACCUCAUGAAGCCUGCAGACAAGUUUCUGGUCCUGGCAACGGAUGGACUGUGGGAGCUCAUGCACCGGCAGACGGUGGUCCAGCUGGUUGGAGACCAUGUGGCAGGUCUUCAGCAGCAGAGGCCCAUCGUCCCUAGCGCUGACACCACCCUGGGAAGCCUGCAGCGCCUCCUGCUGGAGCGGAGGGACCGAGUCCAGUCGGUCCUGGAGGACCAGAACGUGGCCACCCACCUGCUGCGCCACGCCCUGGGUGACGACGGGUACGGAUCUGUGGACCAGAACCGCUUGGCCCGGAUGCUGAGUCUGCCAGCAGAUCUGGCCCGCAGGUGUGUGUGGGUACCUGUGAGGCCUGGACGAUGAUGGGAACCCCCAGCAGCCUCUGACCUGUCAGGCCGAUGGCCAGAGGAACC